GCAGAAAGCCUCUUCUUUCUACACAUUUCCUCAUUCUUAAUACUUUGCUUGAGGCCUCUGUCUGCAGAGAAACAGCGGAUGAACUGGAGAUAGCAGAGACUCUCCUUGAAACAGCUGCUGCCAGCUUUGCUCAGUCUAUUUGGAAGGAUGGGAGACUUUGCAAACGAGAGUACCAUCAGUAACUCCAGCGAUGCACCCUCCUCCGCGCUGUGCCACCGCGACACCGCAGUGACCCAGCUGGUCUUCCCAGUGCUCUACACGCUCAUCUUCCUGCUGGGACUGGCACUGAACAGCCUGGCUAUCUGGGCUUUCUUCCACAUUCCAAGCACAUCGACUUUCAUCGUCUACCUGAAAAAUACCUUAGUAUCUGAUUUCAUAAUGACUCUGAUGCUUCCUCUGAAAAUCCUAACAGACUCCGGCCUGGGACCGUGGCAACUGAAGGCCUUCGUCUGUCGCUUUUCAGCCGUAAUAUUUUAUGACACCAUGUAUAUCAGCAUAGUGCUCCUGGGUCUCAUUGCUUUUGAUAGGUUUCUCAAGAUCGUGAGACCUUUCGGGAAGUUCUGGGUGCAACAAGUGAGCUCAGCGAAGAUCCUCGCGGGUCUGGUCUGGCUCUUCUUCCUGGUUCUCUCCGUGCCAAACAUGGUCUUAUCAAACAAGAAAGCAACACCGCAGUCGGUGAAGAAGUGUGCCUCGCUGAAGAACCACCUUGGACUCAAAUGGCACGAAGCUGUCAAUCACAUCUGUCAGUUUGUCUUCUGGACCGUUCUCAUUCUUAUGCUUCUAUUUUAUGUAAUUAUCACCAAAAAGGUGUACGAGUCUUAUUUGAAAACGGGGAAGAGAGAAAACAAAAAGAAACAAAGGGUCAAGGGGAAAGUAUUCAUCAUUUUCACUGUGUUCUUCUUCUGCUUUGCCCCUUUCCAUUUCAGCAGGGUUCCCUACACCCUGAGCCAAACCACAACCCGGCUGGACUGCCGCCUGCAGAACCAGCUUUUCGUCGCUAAGGAGAGCACUCUUUGGCUGGCUGCCACCAACACCUGCAUGGACCCUUUGAUAUACAUGCUCUUGUGCAAACCAUUUCUAGAGAAGAUAUUAUGCAGGAAGGUAAACACGCUUCAGAGAACAGUUCAUACGAACCCAAGAACUGAACUGGACACGGGAACCUUGGCCAUCGAAUCUUGAUUCUGUAGCUUGGCGCUCUGAAAUCUUUGUAUAUUCAUAGAGAAAUUAAGAAAUCUGUUUCACUGCUGCUGUAGAAAACUGAAGGAUGGUGGUGCUGCAACAGCACUACUUAAUAAAAAGGGCAGGCUGGAUUUCCAUCGUUAUGCUAACUCCUUAUCCACAGCAGGUGAAAAGCUACUCCUCAAACUGCCAGCUGAUCUGACAAGGGUCUUUCCCAAGCUGUUCCCUUUCUCAGUGACACCCCAUCAGUAACCAAAGCUGUGUUUGAGAUGUGCCUGCCUGGCCACAGCACCGCUGCACUCGUACCGCAGAGAUCUGUAUCGCUUCAGAUCACUAAUGACUUCACAGCCAUAACCACACCAUUCUCAACUGCCUGCAUCCAUGAUGCAUAACACUGCGAUCAGCUCAUAGCCUUGCACUGCUGCGCUGGCUCUGUGCAGGUAACAAGAGCAGAGGCUUUUCUGAUUUGGUCGCUAAGUCACAUCCACCCAAGUAACACAAAUGGUUGUCUAUGAAUUAAUGUACCUUCAUAUCACUUAAGAACAAGCUCCCAAAUAAUUUUAUCUGCUUCACACAAAACAAACAAAAAACACAAUAUUUCUUAUUAACACUUAAACAGCUCAGUGACUACAGCUGCUCCUAACAUCAAUUUAGCUUUAUUUGUGAAUAAAACCCAGAAGAUUUCACCCCGGUGCCAGCCCGGCUGGCAGCACACGGGGCGGGGAGGAGGAACUGCACUUGGCAGAGGGAAGAAGGCCACGCUCCCCCCGCCCCUACCCACCUCUCACACAACUACUUUCCUGCCACCUACCCAGUUUUCUCACCCUUCCUCUCUGCUCCCAAAGAGACGUUAGCAGGGGGCACUGUGGCUCUGCAGCACUCUAGUCCCCGAGCAGCUACAGAGGGCCCAGGACUGCAAAGGGCACUGCUCAGGUGAGGUGCUGCUGCAGAAGCGGCUGCAGGAAAGCACUACGACUUGCUCCCUUCCAUCGGCCUCGCUGCUUACUGUAACCCCACCGCCACCCCUAGCCAUCACUGCACCCCUACCACCCCCACAUCACACUGCACACUCACUGCAGCACUCCCACCUGGUUACACCACAGGGAGCCCAGUGCCAUCUUCAGACAUCCAGGGGAGCCCAGCACCACACCAAGACGUCCUGGGCAGCCCAGCACCAUAUCCAGAUACCUCAGGGAGCCCAGUGCCAUGCUGAGAUGCACCAAGCCCUAUUGCAAACUGCCCUUCUCAGGCUCUCUUGCCAGCUUGGUGCCCUCCUCACAUGCCAGAUGCUAUGAUUACCACUCAAUUGCUGGUUUUAGACUUUCAGUAUUUACAUUAGCCUUAUGCAGUCGUACAGGUUGCUCCAUGCAGCCUGAUUUUUUCAAAGUUGUCUUUAGAUUAUUGUGUAUAAUUACAUCUGUCUGUAGGACUCCCAGUCUCUACCACACAGCUGGAUGCGUCACUCAGCAAUUGCAGCUCACUGUAUCUUCUCUGCUAGGCACAGCAGUGCUUUCUUUUUUUUUUCUUAAUAAAACACUCAUUAACAACUGGAAACUGAACUAAUCUCCAGUCAGGUUCCAAUUGGUUCUGCACUGCUCUACAAAUCAGUGCUUUCUCAAAUAGUGCCUUCCUCUCAGGAUUAAAUACUAUUCAGGAAUUAAUUUCUCUCCCCGCACACAGGCAGCGUUUAAGAGGAUUAAUUUGGCUACUUUAGUUAAAGUAAAUAUACCAAACUCUUAGCUGUUAAAACACUCGCUACUUUAGAAACUGCCUAAAGAAACACACGUUUCUACUGCUUGGAACACAGCCCUCCCACUAACGCUGUGCGCGGACGCUGGCAGCACACUGGCACACACCAGCGGCCUGUACCUCCGGGUGGGGGUAGCCACAAAAUGGGCAGGGGUGCUCCUAAAGCAAGGGGUGUGCCAGAGGUUCCCGAGGAGCCAGAGUCAUCUGUUCUGCUGCAGCUUCUCGGGACGGUAGUGAGGAGCCAGGUAGCAAGGUCUGCCAUGGGGAAAUGCCUGCUGACUGUGAGGACAGGACAUCUAGUUGAUCCACUUUCAGGACAAGUCCUCUAAAUUCUAGCAGCCUGACAGUUUUCAGAUCCCUGUCUCCCAACAGAAGUAGGAACGCCUCAACAUUGCAGUCUCUCCUUUCUUGAGGCUCAAAAAAUGACCCAGUGCAAUUUUAUCUUUCACACGAGCAGAGGCGGGCUCCGAGCCCAGGCCUGCCCCACAGCGAGGCGGCCAGCGGCCCGACCUGCAGCAGGCAGCGGCACAGCACCAGGGCUGCUCGUGGGGUUCCGCAGAGCUCCUCAGUGCCGUCUGGGAACCUGUCUCAUUCCUAUAACGCUGACGGCACGUUCAGAACGACCGUCACUAUCCUUCCAAAUCUGAACUUCCCCCAGCUUAACUUGGAAAGGUGCUGACACUCGUGCCCCGGAGCUACCGAGGUAUUAUAGCGGUUCUAUAGGACAGAGCAAACCUGCGGCAUCCUGACCCAGCACACGCAGCCCAUCACCAUCGUGAUGCAGCACCAAGGCUUUUCCUUUCUGCAGCCAAGUUCGCAUUUGCUUGGCUUGUCUACACUCCAGACAAGAAGCCCCACAACCUAGAAAUGGGAAGGCUGGCAGCAGGCCCUGGACAAACGAGCCUACAGCAGGCUCCCAGGCUCUGGUUUCCCAUGAAAACUACUGACGCUCAUUCUAAACAUUUCACAGGUAGCUGGGUUCCAAAAGGGGAACCACAGGGCACAAGGAAGGCAAGUUUCGUAGGAAAUCCAUCUUAUCUGGGUACCCAAAGGCUAGCGUAUAGUUCUUUUUAUUUAGUAUUUUACUUGCUUCUAUGAAAAAGAAAGAGCCAAGGCCAAAGACACCUACAAUUUAGCACUUCAGAUUUUGCCUCAGAGAGACAGUAAGCUCAUUCCUGAACAUCUCAGGACAAAUUCUGCACUUCACACGUGUCCUGACUGCCCAGCACCAAUACAAAUCCCUCCACCAGCACUUCUGUGACCUGGUACUGAGCAAGUUCUCGUGGUACACAGCAUACUUCAGUUCAGGUGAAAUACAAAAAGACAAUUUGCACUGUGAAUAAGAGCUGGGAAGCCAAGCCCAGCAACCAGGAUACUCCCUGUAUGACUGUUCAUGAGCACACAGGGCCAGCAGGUUGCAUGUGAAGACUGUAGUCUCUCAAACAGACUUCCAGCCCCAAAAAGGAUCAUUGGCCAGGGUGUGCAGCUGGAAGGGACUGACAACACAGCACAAGGAUAGAGAAAGAAACGAGCUUUCUAAAAGUGAGUUCUUAGUCAGCUCCUUUCCUCCCUCCAUGCCUUUCAGUGGCAGCCACCAAGCAGUGGCUGGAUCAAACCUUAGCACAGGAGGUGCCGGAGGCUCCCAAGGCAUCUCCAGGACUCGGCACCUCCUGCACGCUGAAGCACGGUGCAGCAGGUGUUACACCGGUGUGCAAGCUCUCAGCAUUCCACCAUUUUUUGUUUCAAAACAGAAAAAGUGAUUCUCAUGCAUUAUCCAGGUGACUAAUCUGCUUAAAAAGUAAGCCCACAGCUUGUACUGCCAAUGUGAUAGCAAAGGAGUUUUACAGUAAAGCAACACAAUAAUUACUGUAAUAAAGUUGUUCAGACUCUUAUGUAAUCUGAGAAUUGCUCUGUAAUCAGCAGAACACAAGAAGGGACAUCCAGGCUUUGAGCAAUGACAGAGUUACAGGUCAGCUCUCAGCAUCUCAGUACACCGCAGCCCCACAUCUCGUUGGUGCUGCUUUUACGGUAAGCUCCAUCCACAGCAUCUCCAUUCUGUGCGCUGGCCUGCCUAGACCUGCUCCCACCUGAGAAGCACUAAGCAGCUUCUCCAAUUUAACAGCCUGCUGGGUAUGCUAUGGCAGAGCUUAUUAACUCAUCCAGCUUUACUUAUAUAUCAAAACACAGAGAUUUUGAAGAAUAGUUGAUGUACAAUCACACCACAUUCAAAAAACAAAAAUACAGGAUACCAACUACUAAACACUUAGAUCUCUGUAAGCAAUUGCUGUUGUUUUCCCUUCUCUCCUCCCUCUUCCCCACAGCGCUGUCUGAGAUCCCAGAGAUGUUCCCAGUACCAGAGAUGCCCAGAGCAGACACAGCAGCACGUGGCUGCCCACUGCUGUGGGCAGAUGCACAGCAAUGCUGGAAGCAUGACCAACGUAUCACAGGUGCGCUGGUCAGUGCCUGAGCUCAGAGGUCCUUAGAGGAGCACAGACUCCAGAUACUGGAAUUCAGGGUUGUUCAAACACCUCCGAGAAUGACUACCUCCUAUGGAAAAAAAAUGAAUGGAAGCGAGAGGCACAAUUCUCUUGCCACAUCCAAGCCGUGUGCAAGCAACAAGGACCAUCAGUUAAUGUCGGAAUACACAGCUCCUGAGAUCAGAUCACAUACGGCACUAUAACAUCUGUUCCUGCUGGCUUCUUUUGCAUUAUCUGUUUUGCCUUGCAAAAGCCGGUCUUCAAAGAUGAAUCGUGUCAAAAUUCUCGUACAAUCAGGGACUGUAUCUCACUAAGGGAGAGGUUCUGAGGCAAGUGAGAACCUUACAGAUUGCCCAGGAGCGAGCAGAAAUGUGAAAAUGAACCUAGGAUUCCCCUGCACACGCUGCCAGAGGAGGCAAUGCACCACGGGUAUGGCAGCUGGUGGGCCUGGCCCUGGAUCAACAAGGCUCCAGGCAGCUGCCAAAGGAACUUGCGCAGAAGGCUCUGAUGUCAGAAGAGCUGGGUUGGGGGUUCCAUCACCCACAGCUUUGGGGAAAAGAGAACAAAGCGUGCACAGAGAAGUCCAGGCAGAACAGACAAAUAUCAAGGAAAUGCGAUGGGGCAGCCACUGCUCUGGAAGUGCAGUCUGGAAGAUGAAUUUUUCUCCUGAAGAUUUAAUGGAGGGACAGUACUGUCUGUAUUUGUUUUCUAUUUAAGAAGGCUGCAGAAAUGCGAAAUUAAUCACUUCAUCCUCUACUAACACACAGCAAAAUCUUCCCUUAUGUAACUGCUUCGGCACCUACUUCAGUGCUCCCAAGGCAUCACGUUCCCCUGCUCGGGACAUGCACCAGGACCGGCAGCACUGCAGCGCAGGAGCCAGCGGGCCCAGGGUCAGCCUCAAAAAGCACUGGGAAAGCAGAGAGCAGGAAGCAAACAGGUAGUCCAGUCAUUUCAGCUGAAAUACUUAGUUACAGACUUCACAUUUCGCUUUCAUCCUACAUUUGGAAGAGAGAAUCUGUUCAAAGCACAACAUUAAAGAUGUCUAAACGCAGUCAAAUUAAUAACUGACAUGAUAAUCUUGAUUAGCAGGUAUUUGCAUCUACCCAGCACGGGGGUUUUCAGCCUCGCGUUCAGUUCGCACUCACUGCGCAGACAAACAGUCCUAGCUGGAAGGCACGGGCACGGCUGCACAGGUUGCAGCGCACAGCUCCUUCAGCUCACACGGCGCCCGGGGCAGGCACCAGCCCACCCCCAGGUGAAUCACGGCUGCGUCCCGGGCCUGGGCUGCUCCGGAGCCGGGCGCGAGCGCGCUGCCUACCCAGCAUGUGAGUCACUCCCGGGAAUGAGAGAGCCAGUUGCUCCAGUUGCUCCUGGCUGGGUGGAUUUCGCCUCUCUGAUCAAGUACCACAAAAAAAGGCGAGUGGAAGCACAGAAGCUUACUCCCAGAUAUGGUUUAUUUAACCACCUUAUCGCAAGAAAUACUCUCGUGACUAUUUUUCAUCUCAAGAUGCGUUUUGGGGGAGUCUAAGGCACUUCCGCGAUGCAGCUCAGAGACAAACGGAGGGCGACAGCAGGGACAGGUAAGUGAUUUCUGAUGCUCUGAAAAGUCUUUGAUAGCUUGCUCUGUACAUCUUCCUGUUUGUAACCACCCUUAACUGAAAAGAAAGCGGGAAUUGAGACAAAGUUGCUGAAAAAUCAGACAGAGGCAUAAACUGAGGAUCAGAUCAAUUAAAAGCGUGAGAAAGUCUCAAGUAGUGAGAAUUUCCAAUCUUCUAUUAAUUCAAUGGUAAAUAUUACUUGUUAUUUUUCUCCCAACAGAAAAAUAUGUUUAUAUUUCGACUAAUUAUUCCUUCUGAGAUACUAUUCGAAGUGCAAGAGGGUUUGUGGUUUUAAUGCCUUACUUCCUGAUACAGGUUAAGUCAUAUCGAGUAAGAUCCAGUAACCGUAACAUCUGAAUCUGCUGUCUGAGGUUUACAUUCGAUCCUUUUCUCCUCUUUCAGUAAAGGAAAGCAUACUUGAAUUCUUUUAGUCGCUUUAUACAGAAUAAAGGUUCUCUUCCUUCAUGCUUCACUCCGAUCAUGUUAAAACUUGUCAGGUUCACUGGAAAAACCACAUAGCUCUGAGCAGGCAACUCACACCGUGUGUCGGAUCCGUCUCAAGGUUCAGGAGAGGCACUUUCACAGAUCUCUGUCAUUUAACGAGUAUUUUAGAUUGAAGUGGUUAUGCUGAGUGACAAACAACUGAAAACAGCAAUGCAGCUGAAGUUUUUAUAUUUUACAGAAGCGGUUUGCCAUAGGUGCACUAUAGGGAUGCAGACAUCUGUCUGUCUUCUCCUUGGGCACGCUCAGUGUUACUCUCGUAGGGCUCCACAUAUCGUCCCACCACUCUAGAGAAGAUUUUGCAAUCUUCCUUCACAAACAGGGACACCAGGAGUGCCCCGCCAAUGGCACCGGAGACACCAGCCGCUCGGCCCAGCACGGCCUGUCUGAGGGCCUGCUCUGUGGAGGCAGGGGAGGCAGAGAAGCCGAAGGGUGCAGAGGGGUUUCAAGGCAGAAAGCAUCUGUUUGCAUUUGGGGCGCGUGGGAAGCAAGCAGCCGCUCUCACAGCACAGGUUCCUGCCCGCCACCCGCAGGUUUCCCUCCCAGCACGGCCCGCUGCCGUCUCACCCUCGCGCCCUCCCUUGCUGCCGGGGCAUCCCCGGGGCAGGGCGGCAGCAGCGGGCAGACCAGCUCACCCGGUGCCCGUGGCGCGGCCUGUGCCAGCACGCAGCCCCGCAGCACGCAGCCUGCCGGGCAGGGCCAGGCUCUCCCAGCCCAGACGGCUGCGGCGGCCCCUCGCUCCUGUGCACGGCGGCGGUGGGAUGGCCAGGCCGGCCCUGAGGAACUCGAGGUGUGCUGCAUUUAUCAAAAUUCUAUCAGAAGACGUGCCCAACUGGAACCGAGGUCCACAGCCACCACGCUGCAUCACACCACAUUCCCCACCAGGGGACCAGGCCGGAGCCGCUCACCCAGCGCUGCCAGAGUGGCACAGCAGGAUUUCAGCAGGCUUCAUUCUCACGUCUCAGCUGUCUUAGCCCUUCCCGACAUUACACAUCCUGGUACCUUCUUAAAAAAUAAAACAAAACCAAAGGUCCUGUGCUACCAGGAGCAAGCUUACAUGUCUGACCAACCCUGAACCUGAAAGGACACCAUCAUGGCAGCACAUUGCUUCUUGCUUUUCCUUGGGAACUCUUGCUGGCACACCCAGGUGAGGACAGUGAGCGCGGCCCAGCCCGGCCUGCACCGCCCUCGCAGCACCGCCUGCCACAGCCAUGGGCCCGGGAGCUCCUGCAGGAUGCCGGCACCGCCAUUCCCCAGACAUACCCAAACCCUGUCUCCUUUCCUUCCUUUUUUGGCUUUGCUGCCAAAUACGGUGAACCCAUGUCAGCAACAUGCAUCGAAGCACAGAAAAGCCCAGCUGACUGCAGCAGAUGUGGUUCUUGUCCCUUUGCAACAUGAAUUAGAAUUGCAUAUAAAAAAAUAGAAACUCUUUUGAUGCUAAGCAAAAAAAAAAGCCUAAGAGUUAGGUUAGAAUUACUUCAAACACUGAUUGGCAUUGUCUACAUGUGCGCACCAGCAUUUUAUUUGUACUUUCACGCAGCAUCCCCUGCAGCACCUGGGAGAGGUGGCAGGCACGCAGUGGCCAGAACUGUCACACAAUCACAAACCUUCGUCUUUUUUCUGACCUACACAACAUCUUGACUGUUUUUAAAGUUGCAUUCCAAGUUUUUUUGACUCUGUUUCCCAUCACACAGAACCUACAUCCACACUCACAACGUGGUACUUUUCAGCAGAGGCUCCCAUGCCUGCCCCCACCACGAAGGGCCACCAGCCUCCGCUCUUUGCCAGGCCGGUGUGUUUGUAACAGCUUCUUAACAUGCAGAAGACUGACUGUGGGAUAACAGCACACAGGAGGAACAGCUCGCAGAACGACAGGAACCCUCUGACAGAGUCUGACUGUGGAGGUGGUCAGACCUGCAGCUGGUGCUGCUGCUCUGGGCAGGGAGCUGCAUCAGACCAUCUCCAGAAGCACCUUCUGACCUCACCUAGUCUAUGAUUCUAGGAACGGGGGCCUCCUCUUGAAGGAGAGGGGGGAAAAAAAGAUAUGUAUUUCCACAGCUAUCAGCACAACAGCGGUGGACACCCAGGAGGGGCAGCUGAAGGGCAGAGCAGACGUACAAACUGCUGGCAAGAAAGGAAAGGGAUGAAACAGGUCUCCAGCAUUAUCCACAUCACUGCCAUCCUGCUGACAUCACAUGGGAGAUCAGAAACAGCAUGCGGAAAGAGGACAGAGCCAAGACCAACGGCACAAGGACGAAGAUGGUGAAGAUUCAGAAAGGAGGGUGCUCUUUUAAGGAGCUGAAGAGGAACUGCCAGAUGAGUGAGAGAAAACAGUGGCAGGAGCAAGAGGAAAGAGGGAGAGGCAGGAACGGUGCAUGCUGUGUCAUGGUGAGGCUGGCAGCGGCCUGGCUGCACCUUACAUGGCAGCCUCCUAACAUGGGCUCAGAGACAGCAACCUCAAUGGGCUGCAGCACAGCUUCUGCUAUCAGCAGGUCCUGCACAAGCAGAAACAACCCAGCAGCAUCUUCCAGACAGAGACAAAGGAAGCAUUUCAGAGCUAAUCCCUUCCUCCUGCCUAAUUAGAGGCUGCCAUUCCAAGAAAACAUUAAUUAUCCCAACUCUGUCAGCCACCACAUUGUCCUCUCGUCAUUUUCAGAAAAAAAGUCAGAAUUGCAACACUUCACUGCCACCAACAGCCCUUUACCUGCAGCCCAGUGGGGGAUCUUUCUGCUGCCAAUUCUCUCCUAAACCUUCACGUAAAAACAACUGCAGCCUAUAAGGGAGAUGCCUGAACACUACACUUCAUGCACUACAUUGCUUUAGAACUGGCAAAGUGCUGGCCACCAAAGAACCAAUGCUGAGGAUCCUGUUGCUCUCCCUCCCAUUUUCUGAGUUCAGCAGGCUGAUAAUCUCAACAGAAGAGUUACUGAGCUGGGCGCACACAGCAGCCCCCAUUCAGCAGAGCUGAAAAUAUCUGCUUCAGAAAGUUACCACUGAGCAAAACCAAAGAAAACAUAGCAAUCCAUAUUCGAGAUGAGCAUCUGCAAGGCUUAAAAUCACUGAACUCCAGUUCUGCUUUGCAAGUCCAUCCUGUGCUACAGAGACGAACAGCCUGCACACAGCCGACUGCUACAGCCAGUCUGCCAGCUGCAAAGCACAGUACAGAAGCACAGGACUCAUACUCUACAUGGACAGUAGUUCCUGCUUCCAGGUCACAAAAAAUGCACAUUCUCCUUAUUAAGGAGACAGAAGACUGGAAAGCAUUUCUUCAGCAUCACUUCAGAACCCUUAUACAUAUUUAAGAGGGAAGAGAACUCAUGCAUCUUUAGAUGCUGCAAAUGAGUUUCCAAAAUAGCCAGUCUUAUACCAAAGACUAACAAUUUCUGCUAGGUUUUGUAACCUGUACAUAGAAAACAACUGAUUCAAAGUAAGCAAUAUUAAUCCAUGAACUUUUAAUGAGCAACUGCUCAAAAGACAGAAAAAUUAAGGACAAACUUGAUAGUUCAGGUAGGAACCCAAACAGGACUCACGUCAGACCCAUCCCACAUAGAGGAAAAUUAGGAUUCCUAAUAAUUCACCUGAAAUUUAAUAAUAAUAACUUUUAAAAAUUAUUUGGACAAAAUAUACUGAAACUAAUGUUGAGAAAAUAAGGCACGCAUAGAUAUUUUUCUUAAACUAAAGAAAUCAUGUUAUGCUGAAGCUAUGCUCCCUACCCCCUGCUGUACUGAAUACCUGGUGGUAAGAGUGGAAAAAGGAGAAUUUCACCCAUGAACAGUGUUAUUGACUCCUACUGCAGCAUCCUGCUGCACCCACUGCAGGCCCUCCUAAAACUGUACAACAGAACAGAGAUACAGGCACAAGCCAGAUGUGAAGUUCAAGGAGUACCUGCAAUGAAGCGCUGCCAAAGGCUGCUGCAGAAAGCAGAACCGAGCAUACGGAGCUGGUUACUCAGAUGCAAGGUAAAGCUCGUGUAUGCUCCGUACUUUUACCUUUAUGGCAAACGGUUCAGAAGGACUAACACAAACUUGAGCGAGUGAUUGCACAUGGGAAACACUAGCUUCCCCAGGAAUAGCUUAUGGAGAAUUCUUCCCACAGCCAACACCUGGGCCAAGUGCUGGGGGGAAGGAAGGCUCUGUUAGCAACGGCAGGGACUGCUCCCCCACAGCAGCUACAGCACGGCACUUGGUGCUGCCUUCAGCAGGGCUGGCACCAGGCUUCACUGAGGACAAGCGGAUAGCAGAAGAUGGGCUCUCAGCCAGGAGCUCUCCUGCAGGCAGCCAGCUGCUGGCCACAGCUGCUAAAAGAAGCCUGGAAUGGAGGGGAACUUCGAGGAGGAACCUAGAAACCAAGUGAGUUUUGUAUUAGAUACUGAGGCAGACGUGAAGCUCUCUGAGCUGAGGCACUGGUUCCUGUUUCUGGGUAUGACUAAGCAGCCAGGCACUGCAGACCACAGUUGUAGUCGUACCUUGUUCUUGUUUCUUAGCCUCUUUGCAGUUCAGUCAGGGGCGGCAAUGUUUGUGCUUCACGCAGAGCUGCCUGCACACCUCCUGGGAAGGCAGGAAUGGGGAGCAGCAAGCACAGAGCCCAGGGAGGGUGUCUUCAGUCUCCUCCCUGCCAGCACACGUGGGAGCAGCUCCAGUCUGAGGCAGCCAACACGUACAGCUGGCUCAGCCUGAAAUGCAAGCAGCUGCGUGACCUCACCAGUGCUCAGCCCGCAGCAAUGGGCACCCAAUGCCAGGCGUGCUGAAAUGAUGCAGGGAGGGAAUGGAUGGCGGUAAAGAAGAGAGCAGGGACACAGGCUCUGUACUACUGCUUGUCAGCUGGCUGCAGCAGUAUGCACACACACACUGCAGCCUGCACUAAUGCUUUUUUUUCCCCCCACAAAUCUUUACAAUUAACCAAGUCAGUGAUUUUGUUCUGAUGCCAACAGAAUAGAACUUAAGUACAGCCAGCUGAGAGCAAAUUUAACAAACUGCUUCACAUUUCUAACACUUGCAUUAGUUCUGCCACUUAGCAGACCUUAUGCUGACAUGGAAUGAGUGGCGUACCAAGCAGUUGUACUCAGGUACCCAAGCAUCACUUAAAACCCCCCAGCUCUAUAAGCCAAAAAUCACUGCUCAACUUCACAAAGAAGAUUUUCUAAUUUUUAAAAGGUUGUAAAUAAGAGAUGGAAGAAGAUUAAUUAGAUGCGACAGUAUAGAAUUUCUUCAAGUAGUGAGGCAACCCAAAGCCUUACUCAUUAGAAAAACCAUACAGUCAUUCACUACCCAUUUGACAGUGAAAUCUACCGUGCAGACUACUAUUUAAUUUCUCAACUGAGGCCACAGCAGUCAGGCACAUAAACCAGUCUGUCAACAUGAGGAGUAGAAAGUUACCUCAUCAGUGACACAGUAUGUGCUUAACCUACAUUUGCUGCAACUGACAGCCUUUAGGGAGAAGGCGGAAAAAAUCCCAGCCAGCCAAGUGCUGGAACUACAGAAAAGGUGGUACAUUCUGGUUUAAAAAGGUACACGCAUAAAGGAGCAGCUUCUAGUGCAUCUUCAAAAGCACCCAGGCAGAAUGUAUUUGUAUGGAAGCAUGAGGCUGGAGGGUGGAGAAAUACAGUCAGGAUGAAAUUCGUCAGAAGAAAAGUGUGCAAAUAACAGGACAAAGAGUUAAAAAUCAGCCUUGUCCAGCACAGAAAUACCACAUGCAGGCAAGUAAAAGAGCCACUACCAGAGCACAUAGCCAGCGAACAAUCACAAGAUGUCUUAAAAUAUUCUUUAACCUCCUUCGUACUCCUCAAGUCUGGAAUGCAGUGGUCUUUACCAGAAGAGCUGCAGCUUUCAGAGCCAAGGGAUACACCAGGUUUCACUCAGAUGAGUAAUGAUCACCCACCUAUCAGCGUAAACAACAAAGUCACACUGCUAGAUGUGCUCCGUCUACCCCAGUACUCCUUGGUUUCCCAUUGAAGUCUAUUAAGCUAUCUAAACACCUUUGGACUUUGAGCCUAAGGAUCAUUUCUGUGUAUCCCAAAAUUUGUCACACGACCAAUUCCAUGCAGCAGGGACCACCAUGACUGCAUCUCUCUGCUGCCCUCACCAACCUGUUUGCGAUGUUAACGUUUCAGAAUUACAAUAGCAUAAAGGAAGGUCUGCAACAUGCAACUGGGGCACCUUUCAGCACGUGUCAUCUCCAUCCUCCACCCCUUGCAUGCAUGGAGGCUGCCACUAAGCUCAGGUGUGCCAGCAAGGCAGGACACAGCACUGCCAAAGCGGUCCAGCUGUCACAGCUCUGUGACAGUAUUUGUGAAGAGUUUGCUGCCUUCUUCCAACUUACUGGGACUUUUUUGGAAUGUGUUUUCGUAUUAACAGCAUUAGGAAUAAGAUAACAGAGAGAAAUCCAUUCAGGUGCUGGAUUUAAAUGGUCUGCAAGAAGAAAGAACAAGCUCCCACCAUGGUUUCAGGGUGCCCUCUGUUUCCCUGUGUUGACCCUGCAGUUUGCCUGUGGUCACACCUUCGGAGGCCAGGAAGACACAUGUUGCAGGGAUCCCCCACAGCCAGCGCUCUGGGCAAGGAUGAGCCAGACCCUAUGGGGUCUGCUGAAAGAAGCACCAACUUGAAAAGCGUGAGAGAAGGGACACUUCUGCUCCCGUGCCCUGCUACACCUGGAAGGGACAGCAGAGCACAGCAAGCAAUCAUCUGGGCUUCUCCUGCACACAUGGCUUCACAGGCACUGGGACGAUGAGCACCCAAGCACAUGCAUCCCAGGGCAAGCAUGGGAGCUGCUGACAGCACUGCACCCAACAAGCACAGCCAAGCCACCAGAGAUGGAGCUGCAGCUCAUCCCCAGGCCGGUAAGGUACAUGCCUGUUCAGGUAGAGCCUUCUGUGACAGUGAUUUCAACAUUCCUGAACCAAGUGGUUGCAGUCCAUCCUCUGCAGCAGUUUUCAGCUAUAAGGCAACAGCAUAAAUCCCAGCACUCAGACCAGCAGCUCCAUGGCUCCAAGUAACAGCAGCCACCAAAACAAACUUCAUCUACAGUGAGGAAAGGAACUGCACUCUGACACACACUGAGCAGGGGCCUGAAAGUCCCAGCUUGCCAUGUCUCUGCUGACAGCAAGCCCCGCGAUGCCGAUGGGAACUGACUGGCACAAGCUGGGAGGAGAGGCCGGAGGCUGAGACUGCCAUGCAGCCAGGGACCUUUCUCGUCUGUGUCAGAACACAUCGGUUCAUUUCCUGAUGUGAGCCAGGAGACGGAGCCUUCAGAUAGUGCAGGUGCUGCUCAUGUACAAAGAUGUAUUCACAGUCAUUACACGUCAUACCUGUAUAGCCCCUUUGUGACAAUACCCACUUGAAAGACGGAGGCAGAGGCGGAAAAGUUCACAGCCUUUUGUAACAGGAUUUACAGCAACUCCCUUCAGGACCUGGAGUAAGUGACAGCACACCAGAAGCACAAACAUGACCCCACUGCCACUGAACCCUGCAGCGUUCCCUGGUUGCUGGAUGGGGACAUGGCAGCCACCAGCCCCCGCCUCACCUGCCAGGGCUGUGGGAGAGCAAGGAGCCUUUGGGGACCAGGAAUCAGGCAGGAAAGGAACUCUGAGAAACAGGGAAAUAAGUUGCUUAUUUGCCUAAGAUAGAGAGAUAUGUAUCUUCCCAUAAAAUCACUUGUCCCUUUGAUCUCAGUGCCUCCUGGGCAAAAAAGAAUAGCUGUGAGUUAUAAACAACAGUAAAAGAGGGAUGGAGAUUUUUUCUUACUCCCUAGGAUGAAGACUACUGCUUCUGAGCACAAGACAAAACAAAAUACCUAAAAUACUUCUGACAGGCUCAUAAGGAACCAGCAUUUGUACACGAUGUCAUACGAACAGAAGCUAAACUGAGAAAAAGCUUAAAAAUACCAGAAUUACUUUUUUUUUUUUAAACCAAAGCUUUAAGACAAUUAUUUGCUUUACUGCCACCUAGUGACAAUUUGAAACUCACAGAAUUAUAGAGAAUCCUCCGGGUUGGAAGGCACCUUCACAGGUGAAAGGAACUUGUUCCCUUCCUGUUCAUAGCACAGUGAUGGUCAGGUUUAGAUCUGCAAAAGGGCUUCAGUCAUUUUGUCCACUGUUCAUCGCCAUAGGAGAGGCAGUCAGGGCCAGUGGAACAGCUGAGGCCUGAGCCAUUUAGCUUUAGUUUUCUUAUCAAAGCUAAUAAACCGAAAGGGAAGCAUGGAAAAAAUACUGCACUCGCAUAAUACAAGAGUCAAUAAUCUGCAGUGUUGUCUUACAAAUUGGUACCGCCAGAUUUCUUUGAGCCAUACCAAAACAUUGCAAUGCCUUUGUAGCAUACAUCAGUUUCUGCAUUUCCAUUCUCGCAGCACGCGGUGCCUGCGCUCCCCUGGCGGUGCAGGGCUGCUGCCCCCGGGGCUGCCUCUAACCUCCGUUUUUCCCCAGAAUGUAACGCCGGUGCUGCCCCUGCCAAGGCCUGGACCUGUGGCUGCCAGUGGGACUCCUGAGGCGCUUCGGCCGGCGACGCACCAUAAAUAAUGGGGUACAACCUGUCCUAUGGACCGCCGCCAGGUACAGUCAGAAAUGGCAGUUGAAUGUCACCACUGCCCCCAGCAUUCAGAUGAGUCCUUUCGGAAGAGGCCGCCCGCGUCCUGCCGCACGCUGCCCCACUGGCUUCAGUCCUGGCUUAUCAGCCAAGACAAGGCGCAAACAUUUUGGGUUAAAAAAAAAGUGAGAGAAUGUAGAACAGCCUGGAGUUUGUUCACAGACAUUUGUACGCUAAGCCUUAAAAUCCCCAGAAAAUGUGAUUUUUAAAUACAUUCAAGUAAAUUAAGUUUUAAGUUAGCAUUUUAAUAGGCCCAAAGAGACACUCCAGAGCCCUGUUUCUGGGUAACGGGAUUGGCCGAGCUCCACUGCCUCUUUCCGGCAGGAAGCUGCCGCCGUGCUUGCGGCGUGCACGGUAACGCACCGAGCUCAGCGGUGCUGAUUUAACCGCUGCUUUCGGUGGCUGACCCAGCAGCCCCUGGGGCUGCCCAGGGAGGGGACAUUCUAGAGGACAGUUCUCAGACUGCUCCAUCCAUAGAACACCACGAACACUCUAACAGUGCUCUCGCCCCACAGAGGAGCACCUGAGCCCAGACGCCAGCGCCGCCUCCAACCGCUCCGUGGGCCCCCCCGGGAACACCACGCAGGACGAG